UUAGACGAAUCCCGGAAGCGAAACCUAAACAGCUGUCAAACUGGAGGCGAGUGGUUAGAAUAAGUUGAAGGGUCUGCUAAGAUUGCUACAAUAUUGCCAAAAUGGACGGUCAACGCUGGUUGCCACUCGAGGCAAACCCAGAUGUGAUGAAUCAAUUUUUGGGACAGUUGGGUUUGGUCCCAAGCUGGCAGUUUGGAGAUGUGUAUGGGAUGGACCCAGAGCUGCUGAGCAUGGUUCCUCAACCUGUCUGUGCAGUUCUCCUCCUCUUUCCUGUGACAGAGAAGUAUGAGUCGUUCAGGUUGGAGGAGGAGGCCAGGAUUAAAGCCCAGGGCCAGGAGGUCUCCACAAAUGUGUACUUCAUGAAGCAGACCAUCGGCAAUGCUUGUGGAACAAUAGGGUUAAUUCAUGCUGUGGCCAACAACCAGUCAUGCCUGGAAUUUGAGCCUGACAGCCCACUGAAGAAGUUCCUGGAGCAGUCUUCCAAGUUGAGCCCAGAGGACAAAGCUAUCUUUCUGGAGAAAGAUGAGAGUAUCCGAGUCACUCACGAAUCCAGUGCACAGGAAGGACAGACGGAGGCUCCAAGCAUAGAUGAAAAAGUUGAUCUGCACUUCAUCGCUUUUGUGAAUGUUGGAGGACAUUUAUAUGAGCUUGAUGGUCGCAAGCCCUUUCCUAUUGCUCAUAGCAACACCUCAGAAGAUACCUUCCUAAAGGAUGCCACUGAGGUGUGCAAGGUGUUCAUGGCCAGAGACCCUGAAGAGCUGCGCUUCACUGUUGUGGCCCUUUCAAGAGCAUGAAGCUGCCACCCACACUAAUGACACUCUACUGACCAGCCCUGUAAGGGAUGCAAAGAUACAACAACUGCCAAUCAUUCUGAAGUGCUGAAUUUGUUAUACACUAUAGCAUUUGUAUUGGGUAGGUUAGCCUGUGGAAUGGAGAUAAAUGGUUAAAAAGAAAAGAAUAUCAAGUUUACCUUUUCUUACUAAAAUUGGCUGGAUUUGUAGGCUAAUUCCUGUAUAUAUUGUCAGAUUAAAAUAAUGUUGUAAUGCAACUAAAACAUUUUGGGAGUGUGUUUGAAAGCAUCAAACUAAAACGUUAUGGUUUCCUAUGGUAGUGUUUAAUUACAAUCUCACAAUAUUGUUGUAAUCCAUCUUUAAAUUGGAAAAUUACGGCCCUGCAUAGUUUGUAGGCACUCUAAUUGCAAAUAUUUUUAUAGACUUUUUCAAGAUGACAAGUAAAUCUGUGUGUUUGUCAUAGCAUUAUGCCCAAAGUAGUCUGCGGUUACUGUACCAUGACUAUGAAUAGAUAACUACUAUUGAAUGAUUUAGGAAUGUUGUAAGAUAAAGGUAAACAUAAAAGCUUGUAAGACCUCCAUAAACUGACAUGGUGCCUACCUUUUGUAAAAAACAAUUAGACAUCCAUGUCAAAAAUAAAAAGUUACAAAAAUA